AUGGCCAAGAGACUUUUGCCAGAAGACGUGCAGCAAGAGAACGAAUUGCUUAAACGGCAGAGAGCGCAGCAGGCGGAGGCUGCAGAACAGAGCAACAUCGAUGCGCAGCUGUUGCAGGAGAAACCCGACGCUGAGGGAGCCUCGGGAGAUGAGGCCGAGGGUCUUGCCGCGGAUGAUGACGACGAGGAGAAAUACCACAGCAAGUAUCAUGAGCAAGACCACGACGGGACAGCAGCGGCCGCAGCUGCGGCCGCUGCGGUUUACGGCGGGCUGAUGAGCGCGGACGAGGCCGCGAGACACCAGCAACACGGGCAGGGCCACGACGCGGCGCUGGCUACGGACCACGCCAGUCACGAGGGCGAUGAAUCGCAACUGGAGCUCGACGCAGACUCAGAUGACCGCAAGCGUGGUAUUGGAAGGCGCGGUCGUAAGGCCGCGCCUGUUACCGGGUCCGCGGAAUGGAGGCAACAGCGCAAGGAUUCGCACAAAGAAGUAGAACGUCGCAGGCGUGAGAACAUCAACACUGCGAUUGUGCGGCUCAGCGACUUGUUGCCCGUGAAGGAAUCGAGCAAAGCGACCGUGCUUGCACGUGCUGCAGAGUAUAUCCAAAAGCUACGUGACACGGAGAACGCGAACAUUGAGAAAUGGACGCUGCAGAAGCUGCUGAGUGAGCAACAGGUGAGCACGCUCACCAAGGCCAACGAAACCAUGCAACUCGAGCUGGGUAACGCUUUCAAACAGAUCGAUAUCCUAAAACGUCAGCUCAAAAACGCGGGCGUGCCGCUCGACCCGGAGAUCUCUGGACUCGAGGCCGGCAACACCGAGGACAAAUGA